AAUAUAAUUUUUCCAAAAAUUAAUCUAAUCUAACCGGAUGAUGUGGAGGAGAAGAGAGAUGAAGUUAGAAUCGUCCAAAUUGGAAAUAGCCUCUGAAUCAAACACAACAUAACAACAUUUAGAAAAAGAAAAAAAGAAAAUCUCAACCUCUGUCUCUCUCUAUCUAUUUCUCUCUCUAUUUCCAUUAUUAUACAGUUGGUACAUAUUGUCCGUCCAUCUAUCCAUAUUUUCCCAUUUCAACAACUCUUUUUUUCUUUUUUUAUCUCAUCAGAUUUUGCUUCAUUUAAUUCACCACAAAAGCCAUAACAACAACAAUAAUUGAAAUUGAAAUUGAAAUUGAAGGAACAUGGCAGCAAUGGAAGGAGUUAUGGAUAAAGCGAUAUUGGAUGAUGUGAUUAGAAGAUUGUUAGAAGGAAAAGGAGGAAAACAGGUUCAGCUUUCUGAAUCUGAGAUUCGUCAACUUUGCAUCAACGCUAGACAAAUUUUCCUCUCUCAGCCAAUUCUUCUUGAGCUUCGUGCUCCCAUUCGCGUUUGCGGUGAUAUACAUGGUCAGUAUCAAGACUUAUUGAGACUUUUUGAAUAUGGCGGCUACCCUCCAGCUGCAAACUACUUGUUUCUCGGUGAUUAUGUUGACAGAGGGAAGCAAAGUUUGGAGACAAUAUGCUUGCUUCUGGCCUACAAAAUAAGAUACCCGGACAGAGUUUAUCUCUUAAGAGGAAACCAUGAAGAUGCAAAGAUAAACCGAAUAUACGGUUUUUAUGACGAAUGUAAAAGGAGGUUCAAUGUCAGGCUAUGGAAGAUAUUCACCGAUUGCUUUAACUGUUUGCCGGUAGCUGCACUUAUCGAUGACAAAAUACUUUGUAUGCAUGGAGGACUCUCUCCCGAACUAGAAAAUUUAGAUCAGAUAAGAGAGGUUACAAGGCCUACCGAAAUCCCAGAUAACGGUCUCUUGUGUGAUCUGCUUUGGUCUGAUCCUGAUGCUAGUACUGAGGGUUGGGCAGAUAGUGACCGAGGCGUUUCGUGUACUUUUGGGCCUGAUGUUGUUGCAGAUUUUUUGGAUAAAAAUGAUCUUGAUCUUAUUUGCAGGGGUCAUCAGGUUGUGGAGGAUGGAUAUGAGUUUUUUGCUAAACGAAGGUUAGUCACAAUAUUCUCUGCCCCGAAUUAUGGUGGGGAAUUUGACAACGCCGGUGCAUUAUUGAGCGUUGAUGAAUCUCUUGUAUGUUCCUUUGAGAUACUGAAACCCGCUGAUAAAGAGGGAGGUAGUUCAUCGAAAAUGAAUUUUAAGAAGCCCCCUGCAUUGGGAUAGAUCUAGUCAUUCGGCAACAAUUUUCAGUUCAAAUAGGAAUCCAACUAACUCAGUUGAAAUUGUCGAGUAGGAGUUUGACAUGGGAGAGCCAAAUAUUUCUUUUCAAGCUGCAGAUUGAUAAUCAUAUAAUGGCUGAGACUAUAUUGUAAAUUGAACUUCCCCAUGCAUCCUUUUGUGCUGAAGCAGUGAUUAUUGCUUUAUGCACUAGUUCAUUGCCUGUGUUUGGCAAAUUAGUAUGUAAUUUAUGAGUGCAAAGAGAUUUCAUGUUAUCAAAUCAGUAAAUUUUUUAUGUCCUUUAUGUGAAUGACUUCUAGGAAUCAUGUUAGAGACAUGUUCUUGAGAUUUUCCGUGUUGAUAUGGCAUUGAUAACUUAAUCAUA